CGGCGGCCUGACCUCCCCGAACGCUGGGCCAGUGACGUCACCCCGCCGUGACGCGCACGCUGUAGGAAAACUGGUCUCACUUUGUUAUCCAGACUGGAGUGCAGUGGUGUAAUAAUAGCUCACUGCAGCCUUGAACUCCUGGGCACAAGUGAUCCUCCUGCCUCAGCCAUGCAAAAUUAAUUAAAAGGAUUUAUGGUAUAUCUUAUGACUCUACAGGAGCCUUGGGAUGUAGGUAAAAAAAUGAAUGCCAUUUCCCAUCCAGUACUGAAGUGUUAAAGUUAGAAGACAUUUUCUAAGUCAAAUCACCUCAGGUGUGUUGAAGAAAGUACGCACAUCUUAUCUUCUGAACAUUUUGAUGGAAUUAACCACAAACUUCAUGCAAGAACAGUAAAAGAUAGAAUUUUGCUCUUGUUGCCCAGGCUGGAGUGCAAUGGCACGAUCUCGGCUCACCGCAGCCUCCGCCUCCUGGGUUCAAGCGAUUCUCCUGCCUCAGCCUCCCGAGUAGCUGGAAUUACAGGCAUGCACCACCACGCCCGGCUAAUUUUUGUAUUUUUAGUAGAGACGGGAUUUCUCCAUGUUGGUCAGGCUGGUCUCAAACUCCCAACCUGAAGUGAUCUGCCCGCCUCAGUCUCCCAAAGUGCUGGGAUUCCAGGUGUGCGCCUCCGCGCCCAGCCAGACUUGCAUCGUUUUAUUAAUAGAAAGAUACUAUUCAAGUCCAGUACAUCAUAAUGCAGAAUUCUUUAUCAGUACCACCAAAAGAUGAAGGUGAAUCAAACAUCCCUUCUGGAACAAUACAGAGUAGGAAAGGUUUGCAGAAUAAGAGUCAGUUUAGGACCAUUGCACCAAAAAUUGUGCCCAAAGUCCUAACGUCCAGAAUGCUGCCAUGUCAUUCACCGUCACGCUCUGAUCAGGUGAAUCUGGGACCCUCCAUCAACUCCAAGCCGCUGGGGAUGUCCACCCAGAACUAUGCUCUGAUGCAGGUUGCUGGCCAGGAGGGGACAUUUUCUCUUGUUGCUCUGCCACAUGUUGCCUCAGCUCAGCCAAUUCAGAAACCCAGAAUGUCCCUACCUGAAAAUCUGAAACUUCCUAUUCCUCGAUAUCAACCCCCUAGAAAUAGCAAAGGAUCAAGAAAGAAACCCAUGCUGAUCUUUCCUAAGAGUGGCUGUAGCAAGGCUCCUGCCCAAACCCAAAUGUGUCCUCAGAUGCCCCCUUCCCCAUCUCACCACCCUGAACUCCUGUACAAACCCAGUCCAUUUGAGGAAGUGCCAUCACUAGAGCAAGCCCCAGCCAGCAUUAGCACAGCUGCGCUGACCAAUGGAAGUGACCAUGGGGACUUGAGACCACCAGUGACCAACACCCAUGGCAGUCUGAACCCUCCUGCCACCCCAGCAUCAUCCACACCAGAGGAGCCUGCCGAGCAGGACCUCACAAAUCUUUCAGGGAAAGCACACUUUGUAAGCAAGAUAACAUCUAGUAAACCUUCUGCUGUUGCCAGUGAAAAAUUUAAAGAACAAGUUGAUCUUGCAAAAACCAUGACCAGUUUAUCACCAACCAUUCUUGGCAAUGCAGUUCAGUUGAUCUCUUCAGUCCCCAGAGGGAAACUGCCAAUCCCACCCUACUCAAGAAUGAAGGCAAUGGAGGUUUACAAAAUCAAAUCAGAUGCUAACAUUGCAGGUUUUUCUUUACCAGGACCUAAGGCCGACUGUGAUAAGAUAUCCUCCACCACAGAAGGCUUUAAUGCAGCCACCAAGGUGGCAAGCAAGCUACCUAUUCCACAAGUGUCACAGCAGAGUCCCUGUGAAAGUGCCUUUUGUCCACCCACCAAACUUGAUCUCAACCACAAAACAAAACUGAACAGUGGAGCAGCAAAGAGAAAAGGAAGAAAACGGAAGGUACCAGAUGAAAUUUUGGCAUUUCAGGGAAAAAGGAGGAAAUGUAUCAUUAAUAAGUGUAGAGAUGGCAAAGAAAGAGUAAAAAAUGAUCCCCAAGAAUUCAGAGACCAAAAGCUGGGGACCCUGAAAAAAUAUCGUAGCAUUAUGCCCAAACCUGUCAUGGUCAUACCCACUUUGGCCCCCCUGCCUUCUCCAACUACACUACAGUCCCAGAUGCUUGGGGGCCUAGGACAGGAUGUUUUGUUACAUAAUUCACUCACUCCUAAAUAUCUUGGCUGUAAGCAAGACAACAGCUCUUCCCCUAAGCCCAGCUCCGUGUUCAGAAAUGGAUUCUCUGGCAUUAAGAAGCCUUGGCACAGAUGUCACGUCUGCAACCACCACUUCCAGUUCAAACAGCACCUUCGAGACCACAUGAAUACACACACCAACAGACGCCCUUAUAGUUGUCGGAUUUGUCGCAAGUCCUACGUACGUCCUGGCAGCCUGAGCACACACAUGAAACUUCAUCAUGGUGAGAACCGGCUGAAGAAACUCAUGUGUUGUGAGUUUUGUGCAAAAGUGUUUGGCCAUGUCCGCGUCUAUUUUGGCCAUCUGAAAGAAGUGCAUAGAGUUGUGAUCAGCACUGAGCCCGCGCCCAGUGAACUGCAGCCAGGAGACAUACCGAAGAACAGAGACAUGAGUGUGCGAGGCAUGGAGGGAUCACUGGAGAGGGAAUACAAGUCCAACCUGGAAGAAGACUUCCUUCUAAACCAGGCAGACGAAGUCAAAUUACAAAUCAAAUGUGGUCGUUGUCAGAUUACUGCUCAGUCUUUUGCGGAAAUAAAAUUUCAUUUACUUUAUGUUCACGGAGAGGAAAUUCAGGGCAGGCUACAAGAAGGGACCUUCCCAGGAAGCAAGGGGACUCAGGAAGAGUUGGUGCAGCACGCUAGCCCCGACUGGAAAAGGCAUCCUGAGAGAGGGAAGCCGGAGAAGCUUCAUUCCUCCUCCGAGGAAUCACAUGCAUGCCCGAGACUGAAAAGGCAGCUCCACCUUCAUCAUCAGAAUGACGUGGAAAUGCUCAUGGAAAAUGAAGGACCCCAUUCAGGAACCAACAAGUCAAGGGAAACCUGUCAGGGCCCUGAGUGUCCCGGCCUCCACACGGUUCUCUUGUGGUCCCGUUCAGGCUUUAACUGCCUGCUUUGUGCAGAGAUGCUGGGACGGAAAGAGGACCUCCUCCACCACUGGAAGCACCAGCAUAACUGUGAGGACCCUUCCAAACUGUGGGCUAUUUUAAAUACAGUCUCCAACCAGGGAGUGAUCGAACUUUCCAGUGAAGCUGAGAAAUGAGACCCCAGGGCAGCCUGGGGUUAAGGAGAGAGCUCUGCUGCCACCUUCCUUCAGAGCUUCGUGCUUUAUGGUGGUGCUUAGUCACAAAGAUCAAACAACAAGAUUGGUGUGAGUGAACAGAAAUGAUUUUUGUACAUGGUUUUAUUUUCUUACGAAAUAAAAUAUGUGUUCUCAAAGCA